UUAUUUCUUCAAAUAAAUAAUAAAAUGAAUGCCACCAUUUGACUUAAAUUAUUCACAAUUGAUAAUUUAAAAAAUAACAAUAAUAAUUCAAUUUUGAAUUAUUAUAAUUUGUCAAUUACGCGAAAAUGUUUCCUGAUUUAGAUAUUUUUAUUAGUAAUUAUAUGCUUGUUGAUCCAGAAAUUUAUCAACUUUGGAUUGAUGGACAUUCAUCAAAUGAUGCAGUUUCAAUAUUAAAUCAACGAGGAAUAUGCCAAAAAACAGGAGCAACCCUAGAUUUAGUUACGAGUGAUGUUCUCGACCAUUAUAGAACUUAUUCUCUUCUAGAAAAGUUAUUAAGUGAUCCACCAAAAGUUCAAGAACAGUUAUCAUUUCAAAUUGAUCCCGAAACUAAACAAUUAUUAAUAGAAAAGUAUUAUGGCUUUGAUGACUCAGUUAUACGAGAACUACUUGGUAAAAAACUAUCAUCACGUCAUCGUAAAGAUCUAGAUGAGGUAGCUGAAAAGACUGGUAUUAAUUUAAAAUCAUGCAGGCGACAAUUUGAUAAUGUUAAAAGAAUUUUUAAAGUUGUGGAAGAAAUGCCAGGUUCUUUAGUACAAAAUAUAGAAAAACACUUUUUAUUAAGCGAGGAGCUUGCAAAAAAGUAUAGCAGUAUUGUUUUCAUAGCAUGUUUACGCUUUGAAACAUCUAAAAGACGUUUACAAUAUUUAAAUUUUGGAGAUUUUCGUCAAUGUUCUGAAAGUAUUAUGGCAGGUUGGACGUAUGCUAUGUCAGGACCUGAAUACUAUGAUACAGAAUUAGAUCGAGAAUUUCUUCUUGAUCUACGAGAUUUACGAAUGUUAUUAGAUAAGGAAAAAGAACACAAACAUAUUCUGUCUGUUUGUAGUUUAGUUUGCGUUACGUUAAAACCACUUAUGUUACAUAAAACAUUUCUGGAAUUGGAUACAAAUUUUCGAAUUUAUUUUCGAUCGAUAUUAGCAUUAGCAUGUAGUUUACAUCGUGCAAGAGAUCUACGUACAUUAUUUGUUGAAUUAGUAUCUUGUAUUGAAGUGUGGAAACAAAAUGCAUGGACGAUUACGGAUUUAGAAAAUUUUUUGAAAGCGUUUACUCAAUGUGCAUUAGAUAUGGAUGUUUUAAGGGAAGCUGAUUUGAAACCAUCUUGGGAACGUUACAUGAAAGUUAUAACUAAUUGUUUGCUAAUUAUGUACCAUAACUAAUUUGUCGUUAAUAAUUGUAUUGAAAUAUAAUAUAUAUAUAUGUACCUGU